GUCCCAGAAGCUCAAGGCGGUGGGGAAGCUACCGUUGACUUUCUUGGGUCUUCAUUUUCUCAUCCAUUUUUAUAUUGCUGUUUUAAGAAUCUUAAUUCACCAGAGAAGAAAAAGAAAGAAAAUUAGCUUUUGUUUUGUUCCACAUUUUACACCUUGUUUGCUUCAAUUAUUUAGCACAUCUUAAGGGCAAGAAAAGAGUACAAAAAGGGAGUUUGGAAUAUUGAGGAGGAGAAUGAAAAAGAAGCGACGUUAACGAGAGAGAAGAGAGAGACAGGGGAGAGAGGAUUAUUAUUUGAAAGAAAAAACAAGGAAAAAGUCCAAGCAAACAAGUCUCUUAUUACUAUUUACUCUUCCUGGCUGGUUGUUUCUUUGCUCUUUCUUCUCUCCUUCCUGGAACCUGGAAAAAAAAAACUUAAAAAGUCAAUAUCAAUAUCUUCAUCUAUAUAGCCUUUUCAUUGCCAAAGAUCGAAAGUUGCAAAAGACAAAGAGUUAUCAGAUAUGGGGAACUGCUUUGGAACUCCAGUUGAUCACAAUAGCCAAUGCACCAGCAAGCCCUCCAGCCCAGAAGAAACGAAAAAAUUGAAAGACAGCAAACCAAAUGGAUUGCUACCUACAAGAAACAACGAGAGUGCUGAAGAUAACGGGACUGCAAGGGAAGGAAGAAGCAAGGAGCAAGAAACAAUGCCCGCAAGCGGAAAGAUUGUCAGCACGACCUUAAAAAUAUUCACUCUAGCUGAACUCAAGGCCGCCACCAGGAAUUUCAGGCCUGACACGGUGCUAGGGGAGGGAGGUUUUGGCAGAGUCUUCAAGGGUUGGGUUGAUGAGAAAACAUACGCUCCCUCAAAGGUCGGGGUUGGCAUGGCUGUCGCCGUCAAGAAAUCAAAUCCAGAUAGCUCUCAAGGGUUGCAGGAAUGGCAGGCAGAGGUUAAAUUCUUGGGCAAGUUCUGCCAUCCGAAUCUCGUGAAGCUCUUGGGAUACUGUUGGGAGGAGAACCAGUUCCUCCUUGUCUAUGAAUACAUGCAAAAGGGGAGCUUGGAAAACCACCUCUUCAGAAUGGGAGGAGCAGAACCUCUGACAUGGGAAACUCGGCUCAAAAUAGCCAUCGGGGCUGCUCAGGGCUUGGCUUUUUUGCAUACAUCAGAGAAGAGUGUAAUCUACAGGGACUUCAAAGCCUCCAAUAUUUUGCUGGAUGGGGCUUACAAUGCUAAACUUUCUGACUUCGGGUUAGCAAAGUUGGGUCCUAUAAAUGGCAACUCGCAUGUCACCACACGGGUCAUGGGCACUUACGGUUAUGCAGCUCCUGAAUAUGUUGCCACAGGUCAUUUGUAUGUGAAAAGUGAUGUGUAUGGUUUCGGGGUUGUGCUGCUGGAGAUGUUAACAGGCCUAAGGGCCCUGGAUACAAAUCGUCCGAGCGGAGAGCACAAUUUGGUGGAAUGGGCCAAGUACUCCCUGACUCAGAAGAAAAAGCUCAAGAAAAUAAUGGACCCAAGGCUAGAAGAACGAUACCCUCUCAAAGCCGCAUUGCAAGCUGGUGAGCUCAUUUUAAGGUGUCUGGAAUCUGAUCCCAAGAAUCGUCCAUCCAUGGAAGAGGUGUUGGAGACGUUAGAAAAGAUCAGUGCCAUCAAUGAAAAGCCUAAAGAUAGCAAAGCUAGCACGUCGCACCGAAACGCUAUAUGCCAAGAGGAACAACAAAGCCAUUACAAUCAUCGGUCUCCGGUUCAUUCAAGGCACGGUGGUGCUGGCACAGGAAUCCAAAAAAACCAACGCCCCUCCACAGCUACAGCUAGGUCACGCCGGUAAUAAUGGUUCCACAAAUGUGCAUGUAACAUAUUGUUAUCAUUCCUACUCCGAUAAAGCUUAACUUCAAUCAAAUUUUUCCCACUAUAUCUCUGUACACUAUUUUUGGACUCACUGGCAGCUAAGAAUAUGUAUAAUACGGAUUUACUUGAGGCCCAGUUUGAUGCCAAAAUUAGGAGCAUGUAUGUUUGUAACCUUGUUAAUCACAACGAGAAAUGUCCUGCCUUCA